AUGGGAAGUGGUGCAAGUAUAGAAUAAGAAUAAAAACAUUCAAAAUCUCCAAUUUAAAAUAAUAUAUUUAUUGAUGAAGGAGUUGGAAUUGAAUAAUCAUAAUUAUCAAGAAAAUGGAAAACUAAAAUGACAAUGUUUAAAAAUUUAGAAACUAAGAAUUUUAUGGAAUCUUAAUUUAAGAAUAAAUCUCAAAAAUAAUCUAUUUAAUUAGAAUAAAGACCUUCAAUUGUGUUUUCUGAUGAUAUUGAUUAAAUUUCAUAAUCUCCAAGCUCAUCAGUUAAAUCAAGUAAUAUGCAUAUUUCAAAUUAAAAGAAAAAAACUUAUACAGACAGUGAGGAAGAAAGCGAUAUUGAAGAAAAAUAAUUACGAAAUGAUAGAAGAUCAACUAAAUUCUAGAAUUUUUAAAGUGAUGAUUCUUUAGAAGAGAGAGACGAUGGCACUUAAAUAAUUAAAUAACGUAUUUUAUAGGCUGAAGAAGCUAUAACAUCUAGAAAAAGUAGUAUAAAUUCAAAAACUGAUUAAUAAUUUUUAACUAAUUUUAAUAUUAAUGAUAUUACUCAAACUAUACAUUUAGUUAAAUAACAUUUACCUCAUAAUUAUCCUGUAAAUCAAUUAUAUAUAAGAACUAUUAUUAGUGAAUAGAAAUUGUUGUCAGGAAAAGAUAAACUAGUUAAAUUAGCAUGUAGAUAAAAUAUAGAUGAAUAAUAAUCAGAAGAUUCAUUUAAAGAAGAUAAUCAAAAUGAUUCUAAAUCAGAAAUAUAAACUGAUUACUCUCCUGAAUAAUUAUUAAACUAAAUUGGAAUUGCAAUUACUUGUAAAAAAGGAAAUAAAAAUGAGACUACACCUUUGUCUUAAGAUUAUUUAAUCUACAAUGAUAUUUAUUAGAAGAUUUUUAUUUUAACUAAUGGACAUGGUGAAUUUGGAGAAUAAAUUAGUAAUUUAACUUAUAAAUUGGUAUUUCAUUACUUAAUAAGAACACCUAAAUUUUAUAUAAAUCCUAUGAGAGCAUUGGAGACUUUAUUUAAAAAGUUACAAGAAAAAUUAAAAAUAUACAUUGAAAAAAAGAAACUAGAUGAUACUCAUAAUAUAUUACUUAGUGGCUGUGUUAUAACAGGUAUUAUAUAAAUUCUUAAAUUUAGUUAUCAUUUAAAGAGAUUCCAAAUUAUUUUGUGCAUAAAUUGGAGAUAAUAGAGUCUAUAUCCAAAAAGAACAUAUUCAUAAUGCUAAAUAAAUUAAGAAUAUCACUUAAAUAUUACCAAUUCAUUCACCUAGUGAUAAUAUUGAAAAAACUAGAAUAUUUAAUAGUGGAGGAGAAGUGAGAAAGAAUCAUUAAGGAGAAGAAUAUGUUUUUGUUAGAGGCAGGUUGUAUCCAUAAUUACAUGUGUCUAGAAGUAUAGGUGAUGCAAUAGCCCAUGUAAUAGGAGUAUCAUCAGAACCAAGUUUCCGAGAAUAUGAUAUAACUAAUUAAGAUGUUUUCUUAGUAUUAUCUACAUCACCAGCCUUUGUCUAUCAAGUAGAUGAUGAUAUUAAGAAUCAUUUAAGUGGCUUUUCUCUGAGUGAUAUUUAAUCUGCUUGUGAAUCUUUAUAUAAGUAAUGCAAAUCUAGUUGGAUAUUAUCAGAGGGAGUAUUUGAAGAUAUGACUAUUAUAUUAUUAUGGCUUGGUUAAUUAAAAGAGCCAAAAUGA